CAGUACGUCAUGAUCGGAGGAGCUCUCGCCGCCGCGUCCACGGGCCUCGUGACACUGCAGCCGGCCGCCGUGCCGCUGCACUCGCCCAUGCAUCUGGCCGUGCCCGCGACUCGUCCGGCGGUAGCCACGAUGUCGCUGCUCCCGGACCACAGCAGAUUCGCUCCGCAGCAGCUCGCCUCGCAGGUGCUUGCGGCGGUGCUCGCGGCGGGCGUGGCUUUGGGCCCUCCAACGGGGCUGGAGGCGGCUGAGGCGGUGGAAGACGUCAAUGCCGUCGCGGCGAAGGCCGCAAUCAGCCGCUACAACACCCAGAAGGCGACCGUCGCCGCCACCGCUGUCGUCGCGGCGCCCGUUGUUGAGCGGAGCAGCGCGCCGUCGGCGGCGCCUGUCGCCGCGCCCGCCGCGGGUAGCUACGCGAGCGCCGAAGACGCCCUCAAGAAGGAGCAGCGCAAGGCCGCCAGGCCGGCGGCCGCGGCCAAGAAGGCGCCGGUGCCGGUGGCGGCGCCAGCAGCGCCCGCCCCGGCGCCGGCGCCUCCCGCUGCAGCGUCCAAAGUGAGUGCGACGAGCGAGGCGGCGGACCGGGUGGCGGCGGCGGCGGCGGCGCGCAAGGCCAAGGAGGCCGCCGCGGCGCCGGGUGUGCCUGCGCCCUCCAAGGCUGCCGAGGCGACCAAGGCGAAGGUUGCGGCGGCCAAGGCGGCAAAAGCGGAGAAGGCGUCCAAGGCUGCGGCGCCGGCGGAGAAGGGCGCGGCGGGCAGCAAGGCGGCGCGCGAGGCGAAGGCGUCCACGCCCGCGCCGGCCGCCAAGGGCGAGGCAAAGGUGCGGUCUGAGGUGAAGAGCGCAGAGGUGGCGCUGGCGUCGGCCAAGAGCGAGGCGAGCAAGGCGGACCCGAAGCUGAAGGCGGCGGCGGAGCGGGCGAACAAGGGCGUUGAGGCGUCGGCACGCAAGCUGAGCGCUGCCAAGGCCAAGCAGCAGGCCGAGGCCAAGAAGCUCGAGGCCGAUUUGGCUAAGGCUAAGACCAAGGCGCUCGCCCACUUGCACCAUCGCUCGAGAUGUCAGGCGGUCGACAAGGCAAAGAAGGAGAUCGCGGCGGCGGGCGCCAAGGGCGAUUCGGGCAAGGCACCGCCACCGGCCCGAGAGGGAGAGGCGUCCGUUGCGUCCAAGCAGCUCGAGGCGGCGCAGCGCGCCAAGAAGGCUGCGGCCAAGGGCGCGGAGGCGGCAGACAAGGCUGCUGCCGCGGCAGCAAAGGCCUCCAAGGCCAAGGGCGCGGCGGUCAUCAAGGCCGUCAAGGCGAAGGUGGAGCCGUCGGCGGAGAAGGCGAAGACGGCGGUGGCGGUGGCCAAGGGUGCCGACGCCAAGGCGGCCGAGGCGGCGGCCAAGGUUGCGGCGCUGGAGAAGGCGCUGCAGUCGACGCGCUGAGCUGCGGAGGGGUUGGGGUGGAGGGGUGGCUGCCUCUCGGGUGUGGGCCAUGGCGGGCGGUGGGUGGGUGGGUGGGGGGGGGGGUAGGGGCGUUUGGUGGGUCCCAGUCCCGCCAACUUCUGGCCCAGGGCAAAGGAGGGGGCGAGGGCUGGUUCCUGGCCCGGUCAGGAUGCUCUCCCU